AAUCAUCAUCGAUGUUGCAGUGCUCUGCUAGUAUGGUCUGAAGGGAGAGGCUGAGAACCACAUCACAUUUUAACAACAGAAAUCAUUACAACCAUGGAAUUGUGUGAGAUACUGUACAACAAGGCGGAAUACAUUGAAACGGCGUCUGGUAACAAAGUGAGCAGGCAGUCGGUGCUGUGCGGCAGUCAGAACAUCGUCCUCAACGGCAAAACUAUAGUAAUGAAUGACUGUAUAAUCCGUGGAGACCUGGCCAAUGUCAGGGUGGGGAGGCACUGUGUUGUGAAGAGCCGGAGUGUCAUUCGGCCGCCGUUCAAAAAAUUCAGCAAAGGAGUGGCCUUCUUCCCGCUACACAUCGGAGACCAUGUGUUUAUAGAGGAAGACUGUGUGGUGAACGCUGCUCAGAUCGGAUCUUACGUUCACAUCGGGAAGAACUGUGUCAUCGGUCGACGGUGUGUGUUGAAGGAUUGCUGUAAGAUCCUAGACAACACAGUUCUUCCUCCUGAGACCGUGGUUCCUCCCUUCACCGUGUUCUCAGGAUGCCCAGGUCUGUUUUCAGGAGAGCUCCCAGAAUGCACCCAGGACCUGAUGAUUGAUGUGACCAAGAGUUACUACCAGAAAUUCCUCUCUCUCAGCCAGAUAUAAACUACCCUUACAUAUACAUUAGCCUACCUUACCUUAACCUACCCUACUCUAUCCAGAUAUAAUCUACCCUACACUAUCCAGAUAUAACCUACCCUACACUAUCCAGAUAUAAAUACCUUACCUAAACCUACCUUACCUUAC